GGCUGCGGCGGGCGGAGACGUCAGGCUCCCGCGGCCCAAGCGGCCGCCCGGCGCGGCGCGGCGCAGUCGGCUCGAGUACUGCCCGUAACGAGGAGGUGUUCUCGGCCGUCCCACCCUUCACUGCCGUCUCCGGGCUGCGCCGCCGGAGCCGGGACGCGCCUCCGCAGCCCUCGCCGCCUCCAUCCCCGCGGCCGCAGCUCCUCUCGCCGUCCGCGCGCACACCAUGACGAAGAACGAGAAGAAGUCCCUCAACCAGAGCCUGGCCGAGUGGAAGCUCUUCAUCUACAACCCGACCACCGGAGAAUUCCUGGGGCGCACCGCCAAGAGCUGGGGAUCGCAGUAUGUGGUAGGGAAGUGAUGCUGUCUGACGGUGACAUCCUGUUCUCCUCUCCUCUGUCCUCUCCAUCCUUAUUUUGGCCACCUGGUUUGAUCUUGCUCUUCUACCUAGUUUUUUAUGGGUUCCUGGCUGCACUCUUCUCAUUCACGAUGUGGGUUAUGCUUCAGACUCUCAACGAUGAGGUUCCAAAAUACCGUGACCAGAUUCCUAGCCCAGGACUCAUGGUUUUUCCAAAACCAGUGACCGCAUUGGAAUAUACAUUCAGUAGGUCUGAUCCAACUUCGUAUGCAGGGUACAUUGAAGACCUUAAGAAGUUUCUAAAACCAUAUACUUUAGAAGAACAGAAGAACCUCACAGUCUGUCCUGAUGGAGCACUUUUUGAACAGAAGGGUCCAGUUUAUGUUGCAUGUCAGUUUCCUAUUUCAUUACUUCAAGCAUGCAGUGGUAUGAAUGAUCCUGAUUUUGGCUAUUCUCAAGGAAACCCUUGUAUUCUUGUGAAAAUGAACAGAAUAAUUGGAUUAAAGCCUGAAGGAGUGCCAAGGAUAGAUUGUGUUUCAAAGAAUGAAGAUAUACCAAAUGUAGCAGUUUAUCCUCAUAAUGGAAUGAUAGACUUAAAAUAUUUCCCAUAUUAUGGGAAAAAACUGCAUGUUGGGUAUCUACAGCCAUUGGUUGCUGUUCAGGUCAGCUUUGCUCCUAACAACACUGGGAAAGAAGUAACAGUUGAGUGCAAGAUUGAUGGAUCAGCCAACCUAAAAAGUCAGGAUGAUCGUGACAAGUUUUUGGGACGAGUUAUGUUCAAAAUCACAGCACGUGCAUAGUAUGAGUAGGAUGUCUCCACAGAGUAAAUGUUGUGUUGUCUGUCUUCAUUUUGUAACAGCUGGACCUUCCAUUCUAGAAUUAUGAGACCACCUUGGAGAAAGGUGUGUGGUACAUGACAUUGGGUUACAUCAUAACGUGCUUCCAGAUCAUAGUGUUCAGUGUCCUCUGAAGUAACUGCCUGUUGCCUCUGCUGCCCUUUGAACCAGUGUACAGUCGCCAGAUAGGGACCGGUGAACACCUGAUUCCAAACAUGUAGGAUGGGGGUCUUGUCCUCUUUUUAUGUGGUUUAAUUGCCAAGUGUCUAAAGCUUAAUAUGCCGUGCUAUGUAAAUAUUUUAUGGAUAUAACAACUGUCAUAUUUUGAUGUCAACAGAGUUUUAGGGAUAAAAUGGUACCCGGCCAACAUCAAGUGACUUUAUAGCUGCAAGAAAUGUGGUAUGUGGAGAAGUUCUGUAUGUGAGGAAGGAAAAAAAGAAAAUAAAAGUGUAUUUGAAAAAUA